GUCACCACGACAGAUCGCAGCAGUUGUUUGUGAACGGGGCUUUCUGAUGUGGGGAUAAUGCUGCAAGGACUCAGACUGCCUGCUUUUGAUAUCACCAUGAAGCACAUGAGCUAACUACAUAAUGACGAGCUUAAAAGAAGUGGAUCACACACCUGUGAAUGGAUCACACGAGGAGCUUUCUUCACAGGAGGACGCAGUUGGGGAGCAGCCACCAGAAAGGAGACAUGUCGAUGCCCUUCUAGAUAUCAGUGAGGAGGAGUUCAUUAAGGAGCUGGAGCCAUAUGAGUAUCACUGUUACUCUGGCUGGGACGAAGCUGUUCACGGUUGGGCCAGAGCUGCUCCACUGAGCUGCAUACUUCUGCCUCAGAAGAAGAACAGGAAACCAAAGCAUAAGGAGGCUGACAACCUGACCCCCUCUUCUGUUGACCCAACAGACAGCACAGUCAGCAUUGCAGAGCACCGCUGUGAGUCUAAUGUGGCCCCACAUAACAGCUUUAAGAAAUCCACACCAUUAAACCAGAUCACAGAAUCCUGGGAUAACACCGCUGAGACAGCUCUGAAGAAAGAUGCCUCCAAAUGGCCUUUCCUCAAUACAAUGCAGAAAGCUGCAUCCAAUCUCUCGCUCAAAGAAAAGACAGAAGAGGAAGGGACGCUCACAGAGACUCCUUUGCAGCUUCACCAUCUCCACUCAAAAUACUUGGACAACAGGCCAACUAAGCUUCAGAAACACAGGAAUAGGCCCAGCAAUACAGUGGUUCCCAUUAAAAACUUCACAUUUUUACCACCUAUUAAAUCACCACACCUGAAUUGUCAGAAAGACAGCGGCAAGAAGGCUCCAGCAGGAGAGACCAUAGAGGAAGACUAUUUCAUGUUUGAUAAGAAGAGCGGGACAAAAGGAACAAGAGUGGACCCUUUUACUGACCCAGAGCUUCCCCUUUAUUCUGCAGCCCUGGACUCCAAGUACCGGACAUGUCCGUAUAACCCCCACUUGUUCUCUGCUUUGAGUGUUUCUAUCCCCAAGAGGUAUCAAGUAACUACAUCUUCCAAACCUGAGACGGUGCACCACACUAGCUACUCAGUGGGAAAGAGCCUCACGCAGGCCCUCCACUCCAGCACUGCAGCAGGUGCACAAACACAUGCGCACCCCAGCAAGACUGCGUGUAUGUAGUAAACUCUCAGGUUCAACCAAGUAAAAAUAACCCAUUUUAACCUCAUAUUGUACUGCAUAUGCCUCACAGGAUACAUAUGGUUUCCUUCCAAAAAGUAAGUUGCAAGAAUAAAUCAAGGUAUGACACAUGUUCAUAAAAGUAACUUGUUGCAGAGGUAAUUUAUUUGGUUUAGUGUUCAGUUAUUUCAGUUUGGUGUAACAUUUCAUUACAUACUAUAAAAUGUUAAGCUCUCUACUGAAUUUGGGCCUUUUUGUUUUGACCAGUUCCCACAAGUGCUUUUUCCACUAUUCUAGUUACCUAGCAACGGUGCAACUACCUCAUAAGAAGCAUGGCAGUGCGCCUGCCUCGCACUUUCUACUAUUCAACCUCAGCUACAAGCAGCUAAGUGUUGCCCUGUGACUACAUGUGAUGAUGAUAUCAGUCGUUGCCAAACUACUACAUGUGCUCUGUUAAUAUUUUAUUGUAUGCAGCUGAAGUUUGAUAUCAGUCAGUAGGUGAUUUCUUGUGAUUGUGGAGAGGAUCUUGCUUGUGCAGUGAACAAGGGUUUUCAGUGCAGCAUUACACUGGGAUCCCUCAUCAUACACUCUGACAAGUUGGGCUCCAAAUGUCAGCCAAUUAACGCAGCAUCUGGGCUUUAUACUACACUGCUUUAUUAUACUGCCUUUGUCAUUAAGCUGCUCUGUUGAAUAAAAAAUGAUUCACUUAUUGGAAUCGUUCUACAGUAUAAUCAAAAGAGCUGCAGUGUUAACUUAAUUACAGAAAACUUCUGGCUUAACUAAAUGUACAUGUAAAAUAGUUACUUAAAACCAAUCUGAAAAGAGUUUCAAUCCAGCGCAAGCCAGGCUUCAGCAUGUCGGUUUUCAGGAGAUGUAAUUGCAAAAUACACAUUAGUAUAGUUUUAUUGUCCUAUAAUAAAAAGUCCUUAAAUAAGUCUCCGCACAGCCUUUAAAGGGACAGUUCACCCCCAAAUCCAAAAUACAUAUUUUUCCUCAUACCUGUACCGCUAUUCAUCAAUCUAGAUUGUUUUGGUGUGAGUUCCCAAGUGUUGGACAUAUCAGCAGCUGAGAUGUCUGCCUUCACUCAAACAUAAUUAAACUAGAUAACACAGAUAACAUUAAUUUGGUAGCAAAGACAUAGUUCAUACAUGAACCUGCUCACAAAAGUCUGUGGAUUAUCUUCAGUAACCAGGUCAUGAUUUCUGAAAAGACAUGUC